ACCAGACGCCCAGGCUCUUCGGAAGCAGAGCGCACACGCCCCUGGAGAGAGUGGGUGUGACCCCGACAAGCCGCCAGGAUGGGGAAGAAGCUGGACCUUUCCAAGCUCACGGACGCAGAGGCCAAGCACGUCUGGGAGGUGGUUCAGCGGGACUUGGAGCUGAGGCGCAAGGAAGAGGAGAGGCUGGAGGGCCUGAAGGGCAAGAUGAAGAAGGAGAGCUCCCAGAGGGAGCUGGUCUGCGACGCGGCCCACCUGAACCCCACCCACUGCGCCCACUGCCUGCAGCCCUACCGGCUCUGGGCAGCCCCCAAGCGGCAGUGCCUGGACUGCAGCCUCUUCAUCUGCCAAGGCUGCAGCCACGUCCACCCCGAGGAGGAGGGCUGGCUCUGCCUCCCCUGCCACCUGGCCAGAGUGGUGAGGAUGGGCUCCCUGGAGUGGUACUACGGGCACGUGAGAGCCCGCUUCAAGCGCUUCGGGAGUGCCAAAGUGAUCCGGUCCCUCUUCGGGCGGCUGCCCGGCCGAGGUUUGUCUGACAGAGCGCAUAGCUCACCCAGCAUCCAUAGUGGGCCUGAGCCAAGCCCUGGAGACAGAAGCAGUGACAGUGAGCAGACAGAUACGGACGGAGAGCUGGACAUGGUGGCCCAGGCUCGUCCCCUUGGCAGCAAACCUGUGCCCGCCAAGAAGAAGCGCCUCCUGCCCAUCCACAGCUUGGACUUCGAGGCCGACUCCGAUGGCUCCACGGGGUCUUACGGUCACCCCCUGCCCCUGGCCUCAGGCCCAGGGUCCCCGGGCAGCGUGCAGGCCCUCACAGGGGAGCCCAGCGUGAUGGAGGCGACCCCCCAGGAGGCGGUGGCCCUGCAGGAAGCGGAAGCCGGGGCCUCUGGGUGGCCCCCCCGUCGGGAAGAGCAGACAGACAGCCUCUUCCCUGCCGGACAGGACGCCCUCGCUGAGCUCUGCCUGCCGGGAGAGUCCUGCACAGCUGCCUCGGGGCUCGCUGCCGCUCCUGGGCCGAGCACUGUGGGGAGCAGGCAGCUCCCGUCCCCGGACCUGGCCGACACAGACACCUCCGAUGAGGACAGCGCGCAAGCCUACAGGGUGGCCCCCCACCUCUCCCGUCGGGGAGGCCGGGCCUCGUCCGACAGCCAGGGUCCGGGCACCGGGGAGCCCGUGGACGCUGACACGGAGGAGGAGACCCUGAAGAGGAAGCUGGAGGAGAUGACCAGCAACAUCAGCGACCAGGGUGCCUCGUCCGAGGAGGAAGGGGCUGGGCUAGAGGGGAACACCUGCUUGGAGGACCUCCCCGGGGCGACCCCAGAGGUGAGCACGUCUGCAGGCCAAACUCACAGAGGGGGAGAGAGCCCCCCGGGCCCUCGGGACCCCGUGCAGGCCACCAGGACCCCAGACGAGGCGCUGUCGGAGCUGGAGGACAGAGUGGCCAUGACGGCCUCCGAGGUUCAGCAGGCGGAGAGCGAGGUUUCGGACAUCGAGGCCAGGAUCGCAGCCUUGCGGGCGGCAGGGCUCACGGUGAGGACCUCAGGGAAGCCCCGGAGGAGGUCUAAGCUCCCGAUCCUUCACCCCCGACUCGCUGGGAAAUUCAGCCCGAGUCCCGAGGAUCCGCCGGCAGGCCCUCCGGAUGGGGUCAAGGUGAUGGCUGCACCCUACCUUCUGAGGGGGAAGCUCGGUAACUCCCCUGAAAGUCAAGGCACAGACGACGAGUCCUUCGAUCGGAAGUCACUGUACCGAGGGUCCCUGACACAGAGAAACCCCAACGGCAGGGCGGGGAACGCCCACCCCAGCUUUGCGAAACCUGUGAUGAUCCACCGGCCCUAAGCGGGGAGAGGUCCAUCAGAACAGGACAGAGCAACAGAGUGGCCUUACCUUACUUCCCCUCCCCCAUGGCCAUCGUGUCCCCUCAUCUGCCCUGACUCUCCACUCUGCAUGGCCCAGUGGAGAGCCAGGAAUAAACACUGUCCUGUGAAAUGGCCGUCGUCCCCAGACCUGCAGCUGCUCACCCGCACUCAUGGCCAGCUUCCCAGGCCACCUGCCCACCUGCUCUGCCCGUGAGACACUGGCGCCACGUCGUCCCUUCAGGACAGUGCUGACACUUUCUGAAGGACACACAGAAGACCGAUGCAGGGUGACCUUCCACCCCAUUCCCUGCUGCCUUCCUGGGGCUGCUCAUAAUGGAGUGGGAAGGUAGGACGGUUCCGCACCAGCCCUCUGUGUACCCUUGGCCACGCACGGGAGCGUGGGCAGGUGCGUGUGUUCUGUGUGGUGGUGACUGCAGAAGGAAACUGGACAUCAAGACACGUAACUGAACUCACGAUCAGCUGGAUAAGAGGAACAGAGCCCCACCUCCCGCCCAACACAUACCUACUCUGCAGGUUCAUCUGUGGGUCACAGGCUAGGAGACGUUGCCCUGUGGUCAGGGGUGCACGUGGUGUGGUUGGCAUUUGAUCAGUGCCCAGAGGCAGACGCAGAAGACCUGCAGGGAGAGGUGGUGGAGCGUGGACAGGUGGCAGCCUGGGUCCCGGAGGGCCGAGACCGAUGGGCGGUGCCUGCGGGCCACUUGCCAUCAGUUCCAUAGAUGAGCCCUAAAUCCUCCGUCUCGGACAGGCCAAGACUUAGGGUCAGGAUUUAGGAUGACUUCUGGGUGUCGGUGGCUCAUCCGGUUUUAAGAAGACCCCGCAGGGACCCUCCAGAGCUGCCUUUGAGCAUAGAAACAGAAACCACGUCUCCCUCCUCGAGCCCGGCUGGGGCUUCGAAGGCUCACUGGCUCACUAAGCCUCAGAUGAAAUGCAAGCCCGUUCCGCAGAGGGGCCGCGGAGCCCUUCGUGCGAGGCAGUGUCCCUGGGAGCGGCUGCUCUGAUCAGAUACUUUGGGAAGUGACUUGGGUCGGCUUUAACUUGGCUCUCACGAAGGGGCUUUGGUCCAGGUCAGGUGUACCCGGGAGAGGAAGACAGAGGGAUGCCCAAGGGCCUUUGGCGACUCGACUUCUGACCUGAGGACAAGCCGCGCCCAGGGCUGCACGGACCACUGGCUAGGCACCCCCACUGAGCCCGCGGGUCACGACCACCACGGGGGUCUCGGCGUCGAGGGCACCCCCAGAGCAGGGCAGCCUCCCAGGGGUCCCGUGAGUCAGCGCAGACCGGGCGGGCUGGCGGGAAGGUGGACCUGGGGCCGCUGCUCAGAGUGGGGGCUGGUGAGAGGGUCGCCCCAGUGCAAAGCUACAGAUGACGAAAAGCUUCCUGGAAAUGAAAGGGGGUUCAGUUCUUUUUAUGGACACCCUUCCUCAUCCACAAGGUAAAUAAAACUCAGUGUGAGCUCCCAAGUCAAAGAGACAGUCUGGCUGCCCGGACAUGUCCCUACAUGUUCCUGUAACGGGGGCAGUGAGCGCUGGGCCCCGAACCUGCCCGUGGCCCCUGCUCUCUGCUCACGCCGCGUUCAGCCCACGGCCAAGGUCUUCUGAGGAGCU